AUGGCUGGAAACAAAGUUAAAUUGCAAUCGAAUGAUGGUGAUACAUUCGAUGUUGAUGUCGAAAUUGCCAAACAAUCUGUAACAAUCAAAACGAUGUUAGAAGAUCUCGGUAUGAGUGAAGAAGACGAUGUGAUUCCAUUACCAAAUGUUAAUUCUGCAAUUUUGAAAAAAGUUAUUCAAUGGGCAACACAUCACAAGGAUGAUCCACCUCCACCAGAAGACGAUGAGAAUCGGGAAAAGAAUCUUUCGGAUAUAUCAUCAUGGGAUCAAGAUUUCCUCAAAGUUGACCAAGGCACCCUCUUCGAGUUGAUCUUGGCGGCCAAUUACUUAGAUAUCAAAGGUCUCCUCGACGUUACCUGUAAAACAGUUGCAAACAUGAUCAAAGGCAGAACACCAGAAGAAAUUCGUCGUCAAUUCAAUAUCAAGAAUGAUUUUACACCACAAGAAGAAGAACAAAUCAAAAAAGAGAACGAAUGGUGUGAAGAAAAAUAA